UGCCCAGAAGAAAAGAUGUUUGGUUUUCACAAGCCAAAGAUGUACCGAAGUAUAGAGGGCUGCUGUAUUUGCAGAGCUAAGUCCUCCAGUUCUCGAUUCACUGACAGUAAACGCUAUGAAAAAGACUUCCAGAGCUGUUUUGGGUUGCAUGAAACUCGCUCAGGAGACAUCUGCAAUGCCUGUGUUCUGCUUGUGAAAAGAUGGAAGAAGUUGCCAGCAGGAUCAAAAAAAAAUUGGAAUCAUGUGGUAGAUGCAAGGGCAGGGCCCAGUCUAAAGACUACAUUGAAACCAAAGAAAGUGAAAACUCUAUCUGGAAACAGGAUAAAAAGCAACCAGAUCAGUAAACUACAGAAGGAAUUUAAACGUCAUAAUUCUGAUGCUCACAGUACCACCUCAAGUGCCUCUCCAGCUCAGUCUCCUUGUUACAGUAACCAGUCAGAUGAUGGCUCUGAUACAGAGAUGGCUUCUGGCUCCAACAGAACACCAGUCUUUUCCUUUUUAGAUCUUACAUACUGGAAAAGACAGAAAAUAUGUUGUGGUAUUAUCUACAAAGGCCGUUUUGGAGAAGUCCUCAUCGACACACAUCUAUUCAAGCCUUGCUGCAGCAACAAGAAAGCCACUGCUGAGAAGCCAGAGGAGCCAGGCCCUGAGCCUCUCCCCAUCUCUACUCAGGAGUGGUGA